AUGGCUACGAAACAAUUGAUGAUGACAAUGAUGAUGACGGCGAUGAUGGUAGCGAUGGAAUGUGGAAGUGAUGGUGCUGACGUUUAUGUUAAUGGAGGAUUUACUCAAUGGUCGGAGUAUUCGGCGUGCAGCACGACCUGUGGUAGAGGAGUGCAAACGCGUACCCGCACCUGCACCAACCCACCCCCCUCGGGAGGCGGAAAGGGAUGCGGGAGAGUGACACAACAGAAUAAGAAAUGUAAUCUUAAACCAUGCAAAGGUACGGAGAUUAUCAAUUUUAAUUCAGUUCAAAUAAGAACGCCUUUUUUUAUUUUAUACCAUUUAGUAAAUGGAGGAUUUACUCAAUGGUCGGAGUACUCGGAGUGUAGCGUGACCUGUGGUAAAGGAGUGCAAACGCGUACCCGUACCUGCACCAACCCACCCCCCUCAGGAGGUGGAAAGAAUUACGGGAAAAUAACACAACAGACCAAGAAAUGUAACCUUGGAAAGUGAGAAGGUAUAGAGAUUAUCAAUUUUGUUCUUACUGACAUAGGAAAAAUGGAACAUAGAAACAAAAGCUUUUCUGACUUAGUAUACUCCGAAACAAGUGCAGUGAUAUCCGGAAUAAAAUUUCUCAAGCUUAAACUCGAUUUAUCAAGUUUAAACAAAGGAAAUCUGAUCUUAAUUAGA